CCAAACACAGACUUGUAUUCUGCUGUCAAUUCACUUUAGAGCUCAAGAUGCAUAGGUUGGUGCUAUUUUGCUUUUCAUCAGUGGCUCUUUCCACCUGUGUAAAGAGUGCUUUUCCACCACCGUGUGACAGUGAGAUAUACUGCAAUGGGCCCAUCUUGCAUCAGGUACAGAAAGCUAAACUCUUUGAUGGGAGCAAGUACUUUGUUGACAUGACGCUGAGGGAAACUCCUGAUGUUGUUUUGUCCGCUUUUCGCAACCUUUCAAAUGAAUCUCCCAACGCGACCAUCCCGCCCGCCAAACUGCACGAGUUCCUCAGCACUUACUUUGAGAAACCGGGGACCGAGUUUGAGUCAUGGACGCCACCAGACUGGCAUGACAAGCCAAAGUUCCUGGCAGGAAUAGCUGACCAUGAACUACGUAUCUGGGCUGAAAAGAUCCAUAAUCUGUGGAAGUCUCUCGGUAGAAAGAUCGGUGCUGGUGUUAAAGAUCACCCAGAGCUCUACUCGCAGAUAUACACCCCUCAUCCUAUUGUUGUGCCAGGGGGGCGCUUCAGGGAGCUCUACUAUUGGGACUCCUACUGGGUCAUCAACGGGCUCCUGCUGUCAGAGAUGACAGACACGGCCAGCGGGAUGAUUCAAAACUUCCUCUAUCUCGUCAACAGAUAUGGCUUCAUUCCAAACGGUGGGCGGAUUUACUAUGAAAGGCGCAGUCAGCCGCCAUUCCUCACUCUAAUGGUGGAGAGCUACUAUCAAGCAACCAAGGAUAAAGAGUUCCUCAGAGCAGCUUUACCAGCUCUGGAGCAGGAGUACCGGUUUUGGAUGCAGAACCGCUCUGUGGCUGUGAGAGUAAAUGGGUCAGAGCAUGUAUUGAACCGGUACCAUGUGCAGGUGGGCUCGCCCAGGCCUGAAUCCUACACAGAGGAUCUUGAAUCAGCUGAAGGACUCUCUGACGUCCGUAAGGAGCAGCUGUGGAUGGAUCUGAAAGCGGGUGCAGAGUCUGGUUGGGACUUCACAUCCCGCUGGUAUAUAGACGGUGACGGCCACAACAACGGCUCCCUCAGGGACACCAGCACUAGUCACAUCCUGCCCACUGACCUCAACGCUCUGCUGUGCCUCAAUGAGAGGACUCUCGCUUCAUUUCACAGGAUACUGGGUGAUGGUGACUCAGCUGCACUGCAUGACCAGGCUGCAGCCCGCAGACUGGAGGCGGUAGAGUCGGUGCUGUGGGAUGCUGAGAGGGGAGCCUGGUUCGACUACAAUCUGGUGACGCACUCCAAACACUUUGAGUUUUACCCCUCCAACCUGGCACCUGUUUGGGCGCAGUGCUAUUCUCGGCCCGAAAUGGGAGAGAAGGCAGUACAGUAUCUGAAGGGGAGUGGUGCUCUCCAGUUCCCCAAUGGAGUUCCAACGUCGCUGAGGGAGUCUGGGCAGCAGUGGGACUACCCUAACGCAUGGCCUCCUCUGCAGCACAUGCUCAUCGACGGUUUAUCCAAGCUGCCUUCAGAGGAAGCUAAAGAACUUGCAUCCAAUUUGGCCCAGCGCUGGAUCAAGACAAACUGGUUGGCAUACAUGAAGUAUGGAGCCAUGUUUGAAAAGUAUGAUGUGAACGGCGAUGGCAGACCUGGUGGUGGAGGAGAAUAUGAAGUUCAGCUGGGUUUUGGCUGGACCAAUGGCGUGGCCCUGCAGCUCCUGGACCAGUAUGGGGCGACUCUCACCUCAGGAAGCACAUGUGCAUCUUCUCUACUUCUGCUGCCUCUGGUCAUCUCAGCCGCCCUGACGCUCCAGUGAAUCAGAGGUGUUAAAAGAGCCUGACUGGAGGUUGGGUUUUAUUACCUCCGCCAAGGCUGAAGGCCUAGGAAGGAGGUUAUGUUUUCACCGGCGUUGGGUUUGUUUGUUGGUUUGUUUGUUUGUCCGUUAGCAGGAUUACUCCAAAAUUCCGCAAAUAAUUUGAAUUAAAUUUGUUAGAUGGGUCAAGUGUGGCACAAUGAACAAUCCAUUAGAUUUUGGUGGCGAUCGAGAUCAUGAUCAGGAUUCAGGAAUAUUUUUAAGGAUUCCGAUCAGCCUGAGC